AUGUACCCCAAGACCGACCAGCGCGUAUUUGCCGCGCAGUUGAUUGUGUGCACAGUGCUCGGCACGGCUUCCUUCGUAGCAUUCUGCUGCUUCCGCGCGCGCUGGCCGCGCUUCUACGCGGUGCGCACGCUCCGCAAAAGUGGCCUCCGUGCGUUGCCCCCAGGCUUAUUCCAUUGGAUAAAGGCGCUCUAUGCAAUCUCUGACGACGAGAUCUUGCGUGGCUGCGGCUUGGAUGCGUUUGUAUAUCUCGGCUUCUUCCGCAUGGCUAUCCGGAUCUUUGGUGUAUGCACCGUUCUCGCCAUCACCGUCAUCAGUCCCAUUAGGCUCUAUUACACGGGGCAAUACGACAAGGAUGGAGUCCUUAGAAGCAUCAGAUGGCGCGGUGAGGACCCUGACCCCGAUCCUGAGAUGGCGCCGUAUCUCUGGAUGUAUCCCGUCUUCACGUACAUUUUCACCCUCCUGACGCUCUUUUUCUUGUUUCAACAAACCCAGACGGUGGUUUCGACCCGCCAGCGCUACCUUGGCGCGCAGAACUCCAUCACUGACCGCACAAUCUCGCUCCACGGAAUUCCCACAGGUUUGAGCAACGCGCUGGCACUCCAAAGACUCCUUGAGGAUUUGGGCAUCGGGCGUGUGCGCGAUGUAAAGCUCUGUUACGACUGGAGCGCGCUCCGUGCGUUAUUCGCUCGCCGCGCGCGGCUCACGCGCGCGCUCGAAGAGGCGUACGCCGCGUAUUUGGGCUUGCACGUGGAUUUAGAUUCCGGAAUCCCGGCCGUCAUGCUCGCGGAGAUCGACGCCAAAAUCGAGCGCAUGCGCGAAGCGAACGAGUUCCGUCUUGGAGGUUGCGCGUUCGUGACGAUGGACUCGGUCGCGUCCGCACAGAUGGCCGCGCAGGCGGUUUUGGACCCGCGCGCAUACAACCUCAUUGCACGCCUCGCGCCCGCGCCCACAGAUGUGAAAUGGGAGAACCUCUGUGUCCCACCUGGCCAGAAGUUCGUGCGCCGCUACCUCAUCACCUUCCUUAUUGCCAUUCUGUCGGUCGCGUUGUUCUUUCCCGUUGCGUAUCUCUCGACGUUGAUCAACGUAAAGACCAUCUCGCGCUUCUGGCCUGCCUUGGGAAAGGCCAUCUCCGAUAGCAAAUGGGCCACCACGUUCGUCACGGGGAUCCUUCCGCCGUACCUUUUCACCUUAAUGAACGUGUGUGUUCCAUAUUUCUACGCUUACCUUUCCACCCUCCAGGGCUACCGCUCCAAAGGCGACGUAGAGCUCUCAACCAUCGCAAAAAACUUCUUCUACAUCUUCUUCAACCUCUUUCUCGUCUUCACCUUGGCUGGUACCGCCUCUAACUACUGGUCGCUCCUCUCAGACACGACCCAGAUCGCGUACCAGCUCGCGCAAUCGAUCAAGAAGAUGUCGCUCUUUUAUGCGAAUUUGAUCCUUCUCCAGGGUGUGGGCAUGUUCCCCUUCCGCUUGCUCCAGGCGGGCGACAUCUUCCUCUUCAACGCAAACCGCUUAUUCCGCUGUUCAACCCCGCGAGACUACCGUGAUGUCUACUACAAGCCGCCGGUGUUUGACUUCGGCUUGCUCCUCCCGCAGCCCAUGCUCAUUCUCAUCAUCACACUCAUCUAUUCCGUCAUCCUGACCAAGAUUGUUGCCAGCGGUCUUGCCUACUUUGUGCUCGGCUACUUCACCUACAAGUACCAGUUGAUGUACUCCAUGGUCCACACCCAGCACAGCACGGGUAAAGUCUGGCCCUUGAUUUUCCGAAGGGUUUGUCUCGGGCUCGUCUUGUUCCAGCUCACCAUGGUGGGCACGCUAGCGCUCGAGAAGGCAUUUGUCCUUGCGGGGAUCGUGAUUCCGUUGGUUGUUCUCACUUUCAUUGCUGUAUACUCCUUCCAGACCCAUUACCUCCCACUCAGCUCGUUCAUUGCGUUGCGGUCGAUCCAAGACGGUCAUUUCUCUGUCGUGGGCGACAUGCUUGCAGGGGAGUCGUCAUCAUCGAGCGUAGAUGGGGAAGCGGCCGUCAGUAAGCAGUCGCGCAUCCGCAAGCGGCGCAGCACCGUCGACGAGGAACGCGACCAGUUUCUCGACUACACCUACCCGUACUUGGUUGACCAUCUCGACGGCCCGUGGUUGGGCUUCGAGGGUGACUACGUCACCACGAUCAACUACCACUCGCGCGACGGUGACGGCGACUUCGACACCAUCACCAAGAAGAAGCACAUGGUGUCGGAAUGGGAGUAA